AACCGAAUGCACGAGUCUCUUAAAUUAUUUGAUUCAAUUUGCAACAAUAAGUGGUUUACUGAUACGUCCAUAAUUCUAUUUCUCAAUAAAAAAGAUUUAUUUGAAGAAAAAAUUAAAAAGUCUCAACUCACUGUUUGCUUCCCAGAAUAUAACGGCCGUCCCGACUACCACGAAGCUUCCGCCUACAUCCAAGCCCAAUUCGAAGCCAAAAAUCGUUCUACAAAAAAAGAAAUUUAUUGUCACAUGACUUGUGCUACCGACACCACAAACAUUCAAUUUGUAUUUGAUGCCGUAACAGAUGUUAUAAUCGCCAAUAAUUUGCGAGGAUGCGGCCUAUAUUAA